AUGCCCCUCUCCUUCCUCCUAAUCGGAAUCGCCUGGGAAGAGCUCGCCACCGUCUUCGGGCCCGAGAAGGCGCCAGAGAUGGAGAAGAUGGUCCGCGGUGCAAUCGCCAAGGAUGGCAAGCGAUUCGAGGACUUGGGGUACAAGUACGAGUUUAUGACGUAUGGGACGGAUGAGGAGAUGGGGCGGUUGGAGGAGAAGCUGAAGGAGGGGAAGUAUGAUGGGGUCUGUAUCGGUUUCGGUAUCCGAGGCACCAAAGACUUCACCCCACUCUUCGAGAGACUCGUCAAUACCAUCCAUACCGCCUCCCCUUCGUCCAAGCUCCUCUUCAACACAGCGCCGGACGGUACCCUCGAUGCGGCCAGGCGGCAAUUCCCGGCAAUUGGCGAGGCGGCAGCGUAA